AUGGAUUUCAGAAUCAGAUUGCUGAUAGUAGCGUGUGCCUUAUUUAUGAUAAGUGCGAGUGUAAGCGCCGAUAAAGAUAUCUCUGAGUUAAUAGAAGAGGAAGAAAGCAAUGCAAAAGAAUUUGAACCAGAAGAAGAUCGAGGUGAUGAUGUUCAAUUUUUGAUGGAUCGAGAAACUUUUGAUUCUGAGAUAAAAAGUGCAGAAGAUAAGAAAUUGUGGGGUCGGCGUCGUCGCCGUCGACUACGACUAUCUGGUAUUGCACCUGAAGGGAAAUCACAGUUUUGGGGACGUCGUCGCCGUAGACGACCGAAUCGCCCUAGUCCUGGUAAAUCUAUGAUAUUUAAUUAUGAAGCUCUUUAUACCUUUAGCAAGCAAGCUGUUAGUAGUGAAGUAAGUUGGCCAGCUUAUUUAUUCGCUUCGGAUAUGGGUAGACCUGAUUGA